GCUACCGGCGAAAUAUCGAAUCUAGACAGAAGAAACGCCGGAGAGCAGUCCGUUCCGGCGAAGCGACGACGAAAAGAGCUGUAAAAUGGCCGACUUAAAGGGAAAAUACAAGCUGGUGUCCAGCGAGAACUUCGAAGACUUCAUGAAGGCUCUGGGAGUGGGGAUGGUGAUGCGCAAGUUGGGCGCCACUUCUAAACCCACGGUGGAGAUCUCGCAGGACGGAGACACCUGGUCCAUCAAGACCAUCACCACGUUCAAGACCAGCGAAAUCAAAUUCAAACUGGGAGAGGAGUUCGAAGAGACCCGCAUGGACGGAAGCGUGGUUAAGACGGUGAUUACAUUGGAGGAUAACAAACUGAUCCAGAAGCAGUUCGGAGACAAGGAAGUGGUCAUCACCCGAGAAUUGGACGGCGAAAAGUUGAAAGUGAUCUGCACGGUCGACAACAUCGUGUCCACCAGAAUAUACGACAAAGCAGAAUGAGACGCCGGUGUGAGCCCGGGCCGUCCCCUCGCCACCGCUAUUUUUGUUUCCGUGUUCGAAAUUUCGAGUUAUCCGUUUUGUAGGAGGACGCGCCGAUUGGAAUUUCCGCCGUUAUUUUAGAGUAUACGACGUUAUUUUUGUCCGUUUUGUACAUCGUAGUUUUAAAAAGCCGCCGUUUAAAAUUAUUACGUCUUUUGCCGUUAAUUGGCGUCGGCGGAUGCGUUCGAAAAUACCAAAGAGUCGAGAAAAGCCAAAACCAAAAUUAUAUUGCGUUUCCUUUUUAUUGUUGACUGCACCAUUCCACGUUGUAAUGUUUUUUUUUUAUAAUAAAUGAUUUGUCUAUGACACAUUA